AUGGACGCCUCCUCCCUCCGCAUCUCCAAGUUCGAUGGAACUAACUUCCACGCCUGGAAGUUCAAGAUGCAGAUGGUGCUGGAGGAACGGGACCUAUGGGAGGUCGUCAGCGGUGAGAUCAAGGCGGAACAGUGCGAGACUCAGUUGGACCAAGCGACGUACAAGAGGAAGUCAAGAAAGGCGAUGGCAGUGAUCUGUCUAGCCAUGGAAGAUUCCCAGCUACCGUUGGUCCGGUCGGCAAGUGGUGCAUGCGACGCAUGGUCAAGGUUGGAAGACCACUUCGAGAAGAAGAGUCUUGCCAACAAGCUGUUCUUGCGCCGUCGCUUCUUCACGACAAUGAUGGAAGAAGGCGACGAUGUGCUCGAACACAUCAACAAGCUCAAGACGCUGGCGGAACAGCUAGAAGCGGUGGGGGCUCCAGUCUGCGAGGACGAUCUGGUGAUCACACUCCUCGGCAGCCUGAGUGACUCGUAUCAAUUCUUGAUCACAGCUUUGGAGUCGCGCUCAGACACUCUUAGCUGGGAGCUCGUGACGUCUCGACUGCUUCAUGAAGAAAUGAAGCGGAAGGAGCAAGGAAGUAAAGGUGAUGAAGCUUCGCAAGGUCAAGCGUUCAUCACAAGGGGACAAUCAGCGCAAAGGGCGACCAGUGAAGAAGUCCUGGCCGUGCCACAAUUGCGGAAAGAUUGGUCACUGGAUGGCGGAGUGCCCCUCGCGCAUCCAAGAAAACACGGAGAGACACCGGCCACAGCGUGCUCAAGACAGCGGCGACCGCUAUCGAUCACAACGUGCAAACGUCGCUCAAGAAGAAGACUCGGGCGACUACCUCUUUCGAUCGGUGAAACGACAUCUGCGAAAUCGAGCGACAUCUGGCUGGUCGACUCCGGGGCGACGCAGCACAUGACGUGCUCCAAGAAGUUCAUGCGGAACUACAAGGGGUUUGACGCUGUGGAUGUCCAUCUCGCGGAUGAUGGAAUCGUCCAAGCAAUCGGCAGUGGGGACAUUGUCAUGUCGAUGAAGACACCCCAAGGGAUGAAGAAAGGUGUGCUCACAAACGUGUGGCACAUCCCAAAGUUAUCCAGAAACCUGUUCUCGGUCGGCCGCUUCACCAAGGAUGUCGGCCCAGUGACGUUCACGAAGGAUGGGUGCUAUGGAGAAGCGAAAGGGACCAAGUGGAAAAUUGGUGCCCGUGAAGGUAAAGGACUGUUCAAGCUGCAAAUGACUCCAGUGGCGCCGGAACAAGCAAAUGCAGCCAAGUCGUCGGGAUGUCAAGGGGGCACCAAGUCGUACCUCUGGCACCUUCGGCUUGGCCACAUAGGUCACGAUGGACUCAAUUGCAUCGUGACGAAGAACAUUGAAUUGGCAUCGACAUAUCUUCGGUGA